AUCUUCUUCUCCUUCGUCUUCUUCCUCUUGCGCGGGUGGGUUUUACCAAAACGAAAGGAAGAGAAUGAAAUUGGACAAUAAAAAAACGCACCCGAAUUCUGAUUGUUAAUCAGGCAUUCAAGAACUUCUUCUUCCAUUGUUCACCGCCUUCGCACGUUAGCCUCUCCAAGCUCCCUCGUAUAUCCCUCUCUCUAUAUCGACAUGUCUAGGCUUUUGACAUUUGCAAAGAUUAGGAAGGCUUCACAAUCUGCUAUUUCAAACCAGUCGACAAGCCAUUCAGAUUUUAGGAAGUAUGGAACCGUUGUUACUUUUGGGUUGCGUUUGCCACAAUAUAGUGUGUACUCUCACUAUAGGUUCAAGAGCGGAGGAAAGGCUCAACUCUUAUUGCAGACUACCAAGGAAGGGUUGUGUCAAGGUUAUUUUGUCAAGAACCAUUCCUUCCUCUCUGCAAGUAGUGCAGUAACUCAUCGUGCCCAAGUUGCUUGGAAAAGGCUCACCUGGAGAUGUUGUGCCAGUGGUCGUACAUUGCCUCACAUAAGCAGGAUUGCUCAAGCAGUCAGUUUAGUCUUAUCCCGCUCACACCUGAUAGUUCCUGGUAUUUUUGGCUUGACAUGUGGACAAGUGGCCUUGGGACAGAGGACUUUAUUAGAGACAGACUACUACCCAUCACAGAAUUCUUUGUAUAUGCGUGCACAAGAUGGGCAUGCUUUUGUUUCCUCUAUACUACUUUCAUUAGUAGAAGGUGUUAUCUUGCUGCUGAGGGCUCUCUAUCUUGCAGUUUUGUUUUCUCCUAGCAUAAUAAUGGCACCAUUUAUCGACUCUUGUGAUCCACAAUUCAGGAAAAUGUGGCUUGAGGUUGUGCAUCGCACACUUGAAAAGGCAGGUCCGGCAUUCAUAAAAUGGGGUCAGUGGGCAGCAACACGACCAGAUCUCUUCCCUAGAGAUUUAUGCACCAAGCUUUCAGAGCUUCACAGCAAAGCGCCUGAACACAGCUUUGCCUACACUAAGAAAACUAUUGAAAGAGCAUUUGGCCGCAAACUUUCCGAAAUUUUUGAGGGUUUUGAAGAGGAACCUGUGGCAUCUGGAAGUAUAGCUCAGGUGCACCGGGCUUCUUUGAGAUUCCGCUAUCCUGGUCAGCGGGUCAAGCCCAUGGUAGUUGCGGUAAAGGUUAGACAUCCUGGUGUUGGUGAAUCAAUUAGGAGAGAUUUUAUGAUUAUCAACUUGGUGGCAAAGAUAUCAAAGUUCAUUCCAACUCUGAACUGGUUGAGAUUGGAUGAGAGCGUCCAGCAGUUUGCUGUUUUCAUGAUGUCUCAAGUUGAUCUUGCAAGGGAAGCUGCACAUUUGAGCCGAUUUAUAUAUAAUUUCCGAAGCUGGAAGGAUGUUUCUUUUCCUAAGCCUGUGUAUCCACUUGUGCAUCCUGCUGUUUUAGUGGAAACUUAUGAGCAAGGGGAAAGUGUUGCACACUAUGUUGAUGGACCUGAAGGACAUGACAGGAUUAAGACUGCAAUUGCUCAUAUUGGAGCUGAUGCAUUUUUGAAGAUGAUUGAGGAUAACUUAUAUCAUGGUGACUUGCAUCCUGGAAAUAUCCUUGUCCAGGUGUCCCCGAGCAAGGCUUCUCGAAAAGGGCUCUUUAAAUCAAAGCCUCAAGUUAUUUUCCUUGAUGUAGGCAUGACCACUGAACUUUCUAAGAGUGAUCGUGUAAAUAUAUUGGAAAUUUUCAAGGCUGUUGCCCGUAGAGAUGGUCGCACUGCUGCAGAGUGCACGCUCAGAUUAUCGCAACGACAGAACUGCCCAAACCCAAAGGCUUUUAUUGAGGAAGUUGAAGAAUCAUUCACUUUUUGGGGCACUCCUGAGGGUGAUCUAGUCCAUCCAGCUGAAUGCAUGCAAGAACUGCUUGAGAAAGUAAGGCGUCAUAAAGUGAACAUUGAUGGCAAUGUAUGCACUGUGAUGGUCUCAACUCUGGUUCUUGGGGGUUGGCAGAGGAAACUUGAUCCAGAAUAUGACGUGAUGCUAAUGCUACAGAAAAGGCUGCUGGAAGCUGACUCGGCAGUGUCUUUUCCUGACAUAAUCAAUGGGCGGAUGGCUCCAUAAAACAUUCUCUGAAGGACGAUUAGCUAUUGAUGCGUCCUCUCUAAAGGGAUCCUUAGGAGCAUGAGUUUCUGUUUCUUGAAAACAAUUUUGACAGAGCUGAGACCCUAGAAUAUACCAGUCCUUGAAAAGCAUCAUAAGUAUCAUUAAUCUUUUCCUUGAAAUUUUGAGCUAUCGUGAAAUUUCAUCUUUCUGUAAUUAUUUUUUACUUUCCACUAUUCAUUGCUUUUGUAUCUUCAGCCCCAUAUCUCACAGGUGAAAACUGUAAAAAGAAGGGGCAACAAAAGAGAAAAAUAAAGUGUCAACUAUUCUUUUUCUUUAAAUUCUUUACGCAGCAAAAAGAAAACUCAUGUACCAGAACUUUAUUAGUUUAACUAAGCUAUAUACAGAUUGUAUUCAUUUGUUGCUUCA